UCAAUUUCGCUCCUAUCGAUCGAAUCGAAUCGAAUCUCCAACAUGGAAUAAUUGUAUAAAUAGCUCCUCCUCUCGCCACUGCGCCCCCUUCUUAAUCUCUCUCUCACUUCCCCAAAAAGCGAGCGAGGAGGAAAGAGGGCGAAGCAAUUCCGAGCUCUCCUAAGAUGGCAGACGUAGCCAAGGACUUGACUGCCGGAACUGUUGGAGGUGCUGCCCAGCUGAUUGUGGGCCAUCCUUUUGAUACCAUCAAGGUGAAGCUCCAAAGCCAACCAGCUCCACUUCCUGGCCAACUUCCCAAAUACUCUGGUGCCAUGGAUGCGGUUAAGCAAACCCUAGCCGCCGAGGGCCCUAGGGGUUUGUACAAAGGAAUGGGAGCUCCCCUCGCCACUGUCGCGGCCUUCAAUGCCCUUCUUUUUACUGUGAGAGGGCAAAUGGAGGCUUUGUUGAGGUCACAGCCCGGCGCUCCACUCACGGUGAAUCAGCAAGUAGUUUGUGGUGCUGGUGCUGGUGUGGCAGUCUCCUUCCUGGCUUGUCCAACUGAGCUGAUCAAGUGUAGGUUACAGGCCCAGAGCGCCUUAGCCGAGUCCGGCCCAUCUACUGGCGUAGUGAAAUACGGCGGGCCCAUGGACGUGGCCAGGCACGUUCUUAAAUCAGAAGGCGGUCUCCGAGGCCUAUUCAAAGGCCUAGGCCCGACCUUAGCCCGUGAAGUUCCGGGCAACGCCGCCAUGUUCGGCGUCUACGAAGCACUCAAGCAGUACUUUGCUGGGGGCCCGGACACUUCCAAACUUGGAAGGGGUUCUCUCAUUGUUGCCGGAGGCCUUGCCGGCGCAUCAUUCUGGUUCUCAGUGUAUCCAACUGAUGUAGUUAAGAGCGUGAUUCAGGUUGACGAUUACAAGAACCCAAAAUUCUCCGGCUCGAUCAAUGCCUUUAGGAAGAUAUUAACAUCGGAGGGAGUUAAGGGCCUCUAUAGGGGAUUUGGGCCGGCCAUGGCCCGCAGUGUGCCGGCCAAUGCCGCCUGCUUCUUAGCCUAUGAGGUCACAAGGGCGAGUCUAGGGUGACUUGGCCCAGUUCCUCCUCAUUCCUGUGUUUCUUCUUCUUCUUCUUUCCUUUCAUUGUUUCUCAGCAGGGUGAUUCGGUCGACGAUACUGCAUUUCCUUGUCUGAGUAGAUCAUUUGAUUGUUCUGUAAAACUGUUUCUGAUGCACUGAUUUAAAGAAGAAACAAACCUUGAUCCCGCGAACUAUGAGGUGUCCUUUUGUCACAUAUUAA